AUGGUCUCUACAAAAGCCCCGGGGCUGGAAGCCAUGGACAUGGAGCUGCAGCAUGUCGGCCAAAAUAUCCCUCCGGGUCAAACGGCUGGGACUGCAUUGGAUAACAGUGAUAUGCACCGGAUGGGAAAGGUACAGGAGCUAAAGAGAAACUUACGACCUAUCGCUGCACUGAGCUUUGCUUCGGUUUUGCAGGCCACAUGGGAGUUUAUUUUGAUCUCUAAUUCAGAGGGCUUGUCAAAUGGCGGGCUACCUGGCAUGUUCUGGUCCUUUUUAUGGACUUUUAUUGGCUUCGGCUUUAUCAUUGCCUCACUGUCUGAAAUGGCCUCGAUGGCACCGACUUCCGGAGGCCAGUACCAUUGGGUCUCUGAAUUUUCCUCGCCUCGACAUCAGAAGUUCUUGAGCUAUAUCACAGGCUGGAUGUCUGUAUUAGCAUGGCAAGCCGGUGCAGCUUCUGGGUCAUUCUUGACUGGAACCAUCAUACAAGGUCUGAUCAGUGUUCGAGAUCCAAGUUAUGAGCCACAAGGCUGGCAAGGCACACUUUUCGUGUUUGCCAUGGUCUUGGUCAUAUACAUUUUCAAUGUCUACGGAGCCGAUGUGAUGCCGGUUCUGAGUAAUCUCUUGAUGAUUCUUCAUGUUCUGUCAUGGGCAGUGAUUCUGAUAGUUCUUUGGGCUAUGGCGCCUCGACAAUCUGCGGAAGCCGUGUUUGUCACAGGGUGGAAGAAUAUGGGUGGCUGGUCGACCAUGGGGUUGAGUGUGAUGAUUGGACAAAUUUCGGCCAUUUAUGGCUCCUUGAGCUCUGAUGCAUGCGCGCAUAUGUCAGAAGAGGUCAAAGACGCUGCUCGAAAUGUGCCAAUUGCUAUUGCGUGGGGCUACUUUAGUAAUGGUAUCAUGGCCACCAUCUUACUGAUUACUUACCUCUUCGCCAAUCCGUCCGUGGAAGAUUCACUGGAUGAUAUCACGGGGUUCCCAUUUCUGUACGUUUUCAAGAACGCAACGUCUACGGCUGGAGUGAAUGGUUUGACGGCGAUUAUAUUACUGCCCGUUAUCUUCAGCAACAUCUUGUUCAAUGCCUCCACCUCUCGCCAGACCUUUGCUUUCGCUCGAGACAACGGUCUUCCAUUUUCUCGCUGGAUUGGUAAGGUCGACGCCAAGCGCCAGAUUCCCGUGAACGCCAUUGCUCUAUCGUGCAUUAUCAGCUGUGCCCUUUCACUCAUUAAUAUCGGAUCCGACACUGCAUUCAAUGCUAUUAUAUCCGUGAAUGUCGCUGCACUGAUGUAUACAUAUAUCAUUUCAAUCAGCUGUGUCAUCUAUCGGAAGAUCUGGCAUCCCGAGACACUUCCACUUCGUCGCUGGGAUAUGGGACAGUGGGGUCUACCUGUUAACAUCAUAGCUCUAUUUUAUUCCCUUUUUGCGCUGUUCUGGUCAUUCUGGCCAGGUGAUGUUGAUGUCACUUUAGACAAUUUCAACUGGAGCGUGGUUAUCUUCGGUUCUGUUUUUAUACUCAGUCUGGGAAUGUACGUUAUUAAGGGUCGGAAGGAAUAUGUUGGUCCUGCAGCUAUUGUGGAGAAGCAUGAGGAUUAG